CAAGAGGUGGGCUGUGGCCGGACACUCUCACAGAGCGUUUAACCUGAAACACUGAGCUAAUGAAAAGGAAACAUUAGGGCUACCUUCCAAAAGUACACCUUGUCUCCUUUUCUUAACUCCUUUUCUUUUACCUCGAAACGUCAUCGAGGUCAAGGAAAGCGAGUGGGAUGGUUCAUAAGGGAGUAGGGAAAAGAGAGCUGAGAAUCCUAACGACCUUAAAAUGGUCUCCCUGAAGUCAGCCGCCGCUUACGUAUCUGCGGCUUAAAUUUUCUUGCGCUUCUGCACUAAGUUUUAUGGUAGUGCUUCUCCUUCGUUGCUUAUUUUUGUUCAACAGACUAAAAAAAAAGAAAGCAAUAUGACACAUCAGAAUUACAAUUAUUACAUUGUGCCUUUGAAGACACGCGUGUGUAAAUAAAGAAAUGAAAAUGAGGAAAUGAAAAGAAUAUGUUCUUUCAUUUUUCUUUUGAAUUCAUGAUUCACUUCUAUUGGAAAUUCAGUCAAAUCCUCUUGAAGUUGAGUAGAAAUUUCCUUUCAUUUCUCUGGAAUCUUGCAGUAUCUUGUGAUGAACAUUGGCACACAGACGAUGGCAGAGGACAAACCAUGGGCUCUGAUCUCAGAGGUGAGCGAGCAGGGUUUCAUCGAAGAGAUCACUGACAUAAUAAAACAACACUUCCACAUAAUCUGCCUCAGAGACUUUCUUCAAAACCCCCAGCAGCACGGGCCGAAGAUCCAGGCAAUACUGAUGUGGAACACCUACCCUGCAGCCGAGCCGUCGCUGCUCAGCUCGCUUCCAUCACUAAAAGUGGUUGCCAAUGGAGGAGUGGGCAUCGACCACCUGGAUGUCCCGUACAUCACCAGUCUCGGGGUGAAGGUGGCCAACACGCCCGGUGUUGUGAGUGACGCCACUGCAGAUAUGGCCAUGGGUCUGCUGCUGGCAUCCGCAAGAAAGAUAGUUGAAGGUCACCAAAUCGCUGUUGACCCUAAGACUACCAGUAUACCACAAAGCCUGAUGGGAGUCGAAGUCACCGGGUCGACUCUGGGGAUCAUCGGAUUGGGACACAUCGGAUACAAAAUUGCUCAGAGAAGCAAAGGGUUUGAUAUGAAGAUCCUGUAUCACAACAGACACAGAAGGAGCGUUGAAGACGAGCAGUCAGUGGGGGCGAGUUACUGUGAGAACAUGGAUGACCUGCUGAGGGAGUCUGACUUUGUUGUGCUCGUUGUCAACCUUUCCCCUGAAACCAAAGGCCUGAUCAGCCACAGGGAGCUGUCCCUCAUGAAACCCACUGCAACCCUGAUCAACGUCAGUAGAGGUCUGGUUGUGGAUCAGGAUGCUUUAGUCAAAGCUCUGCGGUCUGGAGAAAUUCGAGCAGCAGCCUUAGAUGUGACUCAUCCUGAACCUUUACCCAGGGAUCACCCUCUCCUCAGCCUUCCUAAUGUACUCAUCACACCCCACGUUGGCACCUACACCUAUGCUACAACAAGACGGAUGGUUCAGUGCAUGGUGGAUAAUGCCGUAGCAGCUGUGAAUGGCCUACCUGUUCCCAAUGAAGUCAAGUUGAAAUGAUUUUAAUUAAUAUUGCCAAGAAUUUUUUACAUUUUUGUGUCCCUCUUAAAAAAGAAGGUGAGGUGGUGUUAGUUAGAGAUUUAUUUUUGGCUCUUUGGUUUCAUUGUGGACACUUGUUGGGCAACAAACUGUAAAAGCUUAGGUUUUUGUGAAGAAUAGGAUAAUAUUCCUGCUAUAGGAUAAACAAAGAUUCCUGUGUUAAAUCUCUGACUUCCUCUAAGAAAACUCAAUGACUGUUGAAACUUUAAUUAGUUUGAGGAGAAACUGUUUCAUGUUCACGUUGGCAAAAGAACUCGCUGUAAAAGUCAAAGAACGAAAGAAAAGUUGCAGCUUGAAUGCAACCACUCUUAGUUUAUUAAUCCAGUAUGUAUGUGAAGUAUGAAUGUUUAAUUAAUAAAUAAUUUUUUUUUAAACUUC